CUCGGUGUCAAUUGUGGGUCCAGGGUGGAAAAGUUGGAGAGAGAAAAUAAAAAAGUUUUGGCAGAAAGUUUGGGAACGAUGAGAAGUCGGAAGGGGAAAGGCGGACAGCGUGGCGAUGAUCACUCCGGCAGGUCUGAGAGUAAGAAUGUGGCGGAGUCUCCCUCGGCUCCAGCUGGCGUCUCCUUGCUGUGGAGCUUCUUUCUGCUGCUGCUGGCCGGCGGUGGCAUUGCUGGCUGGUACAUCCAGCAGCAGCUCCAAACCAUCGCCAGCCUCGAUCAGACUAUCCAAGCUCUGCAAAAUAAACUGUCUCAGUUCGAGAAGAUCCAGGCUCAAGUGAAUGAGUUGAGCCAGAAGUUGUUGACCACGGAAGAAUAUGAACAAAAGUUGUUGAAUCUCGAAGUUGCUCAGUCUGAUUCAGAACGUAAAAUGGAUAAGACAAUAGCAGCUGUGGCACAGAUUCAAGCCUCUGACCUGGAAAGUAAGUUGGCUUUUCUUCAAACAGAAAUGAGUGAGCUCAGGAAGAACUUGCUAACGAAAACUGAAUUGCAGAAUGUGGAGAAUACAGUGGAACAUCUCCGAGAAACGGAAUUUCCGAGGACUGAGCAGCAAAUUGCAAGUGUGAAGUCUACAAAUUCAAAAUUGGAAGAAAGUGUAAACUCUCUCUCUGUGUCCUUGUCGAGUUUAAUGGAUCGAAUUACAAGCCUAGAACAUGAGAGUCAGGACCUUCAAGCUUUUCAGCAAAGUGCUGAGGAGAUGAAUGCAGUCAAAGACUUUGUGGACCAUAAUCUUCCUUCCCUCUCCAAUGGUGUGAUUGCAUUAACAAAACAAUUAAAUCAGACAACUCUGCUGACUGAUACUAUACAGUCACAGGUAGCACAGCAUAGCAAUGAACUACUGGGACUUAAAGAGACUGUUUCAGCCCAACAAGCAGAACACCUUUCCAAUAAAGAAGAGCUGCAAAAUAUCAGGGAACUGACUUUUCAGUUACAAGAGGAGAAGAUCUCUGUGGAAGAACUCGGAAAUGCAGUACAAAGUAUUGUAGCUAAUGACUUUAGCCAGCUACAAAACAGAGAUGAUAAAAUGGAUGAAAUGAUAGCCAAUCUACAGAAUCACAUUAUAGAGGUUGAAAAUAAUGGGAUUAAUCAAAGUAAACAGCUCGCAGAUGCCUUGGAUCAAGCAGUUCAUACUGUGCAAAAAAAACUGGGGAAGAUUGAAACGGCUCUUAAGAGCACUGUUGAACAGUGUCUUUCAGGUGAAGUAAGAACUUAUUGUGAAACAUCAGACAAUUGUGCUUGGCCACACAUUCGUGAAGUUAACUUCCCUCAUCGCAUCUUGAAGGAUCCUGUGAUUGUGCUGAGCUUGGCUGAAAUCAGCUCAGUUGAUUCAAUUGGUGUAACAGCAAUGGCUGUUGAUAUUACAGACUCUGGCUUUAAGAUCAAAAUCAAUAACGUUGGUAAUUAUAAGCUCUCAACUGUGAGAGUAAACUGGAUGGCAUGUGCAUAAUGUAAGUGGCUCAAAAUCUGCAAGUUGCCUUGAGAAUUGAAUCCAGUUGACUCACCAACUGUUCAAUGAAUAAGUGAAAAGGAAAACUUUCUGGAAACUAAUAAUCAAUAGGAAGACACUGCUUUUCAGAGUUCAUUCAACUAAAUCAAUGAAUGGGUUUACAAUUAAUUAUUACUAACUGUUUGACAUUCUACCAUUGCAAAUGGACUGAGUGUAAAUAUAUUUCCAUCAGAAUAUUGGUCAGAGCUGCACUCAAGAAACAAACCUUCACUUUACAAAAUGACAAUUUUAAAAUAAGAACACACAGCUAUGUAGUAUAGCGUUAUUAGAAUAAUGACACCAUGCUUGGAUUACUUAAGAAAUUCUGAUUUGGUGGAGCACUUUAUUGGAAUGUUCCAUCGAUAAAGACUGAGGCCACAGAAUAUAAUCCCGAGGAGCUAUUCUGUUCUGAGUAAUCUCACGUGUAUUGUUAUUCUACUCUUAUUUUUCUGAAGCUGAAAUUUAUUGAAAUGCUAAUGCUAAAGCUAAAUAUGAAAAACCUAACCAAAGAUUUUUAAUGUUAUACUGAAAUUUCAGGCUGCAGUUUGGGGUCUCACCAAUGAGUGAAACUAUAAGGGUCACAUCUUCAGGAUGAAUGUAAGACUAUUAAGAUACAGUACUAAGCUCUUGAGCCAUUCAAUUAUAUCCUGGCUUACUAUAAGUAAACUGCCUUUACUCAAUAGUACUUGGUUCCCUUGUUAAACAAGACUUGAUAAUACUUUUGUCUUGAAAGUUUUAAGUGUUUCACCAGCUGAAGCUUUUUACUUUAUUUUUAUUAAACUUUCAGAUUUUUACUACGUUUUGUUUGGGGAAAGUGCUUCCUAAUUUUGCUCCUAAACGGCCUGUUUCCAAUUAAGAUUGUGGCCUUUGUUUGUAACACUAUUGCAUAAUGAAAUGGGGUAGAAUCCGAAAAGAUCAAAUCUAUUUAAAUACCUCAAUCAGAUUACUCCUCAAAUUUAUGCUCAGGGUAAUAUAAGUCAGGAAGAUAUUUCUGUGGUGUAGUGGUAAUGUCUGUCCUUCUAGGCCAGAAGGUCUGGGUUUAAGUCCUACUUGUCCCUAAGGUGUGUUAUAACAUGCCCAAACUGUUUAAAACAACUACCCUUCUUGAGGUGCAGUACACAACAUUGAAUGCAGCACCGCAAAUGGAUUCUGACCAAGGCAAAACAAAGCUUAAUUUACUUUCUUUGUAUUCCAGCUGACCUAAGAUAAAGGUCAGUACUUUAUUUAACUGUUUGUUUGCUUUUUAUACCUGUCUGUUACUUUUUAAUAAUUUGUGCACUCAGGCUGUUAAACCUUUUUUGCUCAUCUGAAAUUUUGUUGCUGACCAUGUAGAAAAAAAAUACUGUUUUUUUAAUUUGCGUUCAGAGUGGAUGAUGCCACCCUCACCCAUAUCAAUAUAAUUUCACUCACUUAACCAAUCUCCCUUUGCUUCUUUGUAACUUCACCCUCAGCCCUAUUUCUGAUUUUCCCACCCCGACCCUUCCCGGCACUCAUCUGCAAACUUCAAACUGUAUCCCUCCAUUCCUUCACCCAAGAUAUAAAUAAAUGCAGUAAAAUGUUGAAGCCACAGAAUAUAUCCAUAGGAACAUCACUCAUCACAUUAUGCGUAAACUCUAACUGUCAUAAUCUCACAGGUGACCAGUCUGUCAGCUGCUGACAAAUCCUCUUUAAGGAAAGACUUGCUGAACGAAGUACAGCUCAGGUACUUAACUGCCAGAUCCACUGCACAGCAGCACCACUAGGAGGGCAAUGGCUGCUGCUAAUACAAUACUGAGGCUUCGUAUUCUUGGAUUCCAGUUCAGGUUGAGCGAUUAUGGGAGGUGGAUUGAGGGAGAUAUCAUGAGCCCUUCCCUUCCCAAUGCUAGGUUGUGUGAUUAGCCACGGAGUGCCUGUGAUAGGAUUCCACCCAUCUCACCCCAGAAACUUGUCAUGCUCCACAUGUGGUGAUCCCUGUCCAAAAGGUGAGUCAAUACCAAGUGGUGGAAUGACUUCAUUCCAUGGAUAUUAAUUCCCAUGUCAUAGACUUGUGCCCAGAGACUUUAUCAAGGAGGAGGUACAAAAAUAGUUUGUUUGCCACCCACCAUAUUAAAUCUUUCCUUGCAACGAAAAUUACCUUUAGGGAGUGCAUUAAACAAUAACUCUUGAUAUCUGAUCUCUCAAUUCCCAUUACAUGUCAAAAGCUAUCUCUGGUUUUUGUGACUCUCUAAUUUUAAUUACAGUCAGUUUCAUUUACUGUAACAGUUCAGCAUUUAAAACUUCAGUUGUACACAUGCAUAAGUGAUGCUGGUUAAUAAAGUCUUUUAACGGGGUCUUGCGUUAAUCUGGACAUAGGUCAAGGAACUGCUCUGUUUUGGAAGAUAAAGUAGGCACACCUGGAACAGCAGGGUAUCACAGUAAAAUUACCACAAGUAAGACCAGGCUGAUGCCACAAAUUACACCAGGACCUUGAGACUGGUUUUAACAAAAUAUAACUCAGCUGCCUUUUUCACUGACAGGUCCUCCAAGGGUUGUUCCAUUGUUCGGGCACAAGAAUAAAAACUUACCUAAUAUUUUAAUGAUUUCGAUAUAAAGACUAAGCACAACUUCUGCAGACUCUUUUUUUUUUAAAGAAUUUCUUUAUCAGAACACACUGGCUUUAAAAAAAUAAAAUGUAAUGUUGACAAUUUUGGGUACAAGAGAAUUUUGGUUGAUACAGUACUGGAAAAAAAAAGUUUACUGAAUUUGUAUACUUUUAAAACUAAAUUGUGACCAGUGUUUGUUUUGACUUAAUUUAUUGAUAUACAUGAUCAAUAAUUCAACAUGGAAGUAAUUGUUUGAUUAUUACUAUGGUAAUCAUGCUUGUUGUUGCAGCUGCCUGUUGAUCAGCUCUGUGUGUUCAUGACAUACUUAAUGUAGUUAAUAAAUACAUUAUCUGAAUGA